AUGAUGGUGGGGAAGAUAUUAUUUUAUGUACACUUUGGACUUGUCUUCCACGUAGUGAUUUGUUUUAAGGAUUCUGUCGAAGUACCACGUUUUGAAAACAGUUUAAGUAACCUGACAGUAUCAUUGGGAAGAGAGGCUGUUUUUACGUGUGUCGUAAAUGACCUCGGCUCUUAUAGAGUGGCGUGGCUUCGUGUGGACACGCAGACGAUUCUGACGAUUGCAACUCACGUGAUAACAAAGAAUCAUCGUAUAGCAGUUAACCACAGCGACAGAAGAGUGUGGUUCUUGCACAUACAUGAUGUACGGCAAUCAGAUCGUGGAUGGUACAUGUGUCAGUUGAACACAGAUCCUAUGAAGAGCCAGACGGCGUAUCUUGAUGUUGUCGUGCCUCCUGAUAUCUUGGACUAUCCGACGAGCAGUGACCAAGUAGCCCGGGAGGGAGCAAAUGUAAUACUACGAUGUGCAGCCCACGGCGUGCCUACACCCAUUGUUGUAUGGAGGAGGGAGGCGGGAGAUUUACUGCCCACAGCAAACUUUAGCGAUACACAUAACUCGUCAGUGAGCGGAGCUGUGCUACAUCUAGUAAAGGUAUCAAGACUGCAUAUGGGGGCGUAUCUCUGCAUAGCAAGCAAUGGAGUACCGCCUUCCGUCAGCAAACGAGUCAUGCUUGUCGUACAUUUCCCUCCAAUUAUGACAAUACAGAAUCAGCUUGUAGGAGCGAAGGAAGGUGAAACCGUUCAUUUAGAUUGUCACUCAGAAGCAUUUCCUAGAUCGAUAAACUAUUGGACGAUUAACGACCAAAUUAUAUCACAGACAGAUAAAAGGUUUGAAGUAACAUCUGUAGAAAGAGGUUACGAAGUGGAUAUGAGGCUGAAAAUUAAAAAAGUUGGAAGAAGUACAUUUGGUACUUACAGUUGCAUAUCAAAAAAUUCCCUCGGAGAUACUGAUGGGACGAUCAAAUUAUAUUCUCUUUCUGGUAAGUACGAUGAGAUGCAGUACAACGAAGUGGGUGACUUCGAUGAAACUCCGGACGUCAGUGAACUAGAAGCGUUAAAGCGCAGCACAGCUAGACCGCUCUCGCCAAUGCUAACAUUGAUUCUAGUCGUUAUUGCAAUAUUAUAA